GUGUUUGCAUUCGUCAUUCUCUUUUUGUUUACUAUUUAUGGAGCUCGAUAAACAUUGAUAGGUCCGUGAGUUUUUCCCCAAAUUCCGUCCUGUGUGGAGAGAUAAGGAGAUUCGAUGAUGUAGAAAUCAAGCAAAAAUAAUCAGUAUAUCCAACGCAAUGGCGUUUAGAGGUAUCUCCUCCAGGUCUGGCAGAAAAUUUUUGGGCAUUCUCGCAUUGGCCAUUGUCUUUUACAACGAAUUGCUCGUGUACAAAUUUCAAUCUUUCACAUGGAAAUCCAUCCCGUGCCAAAGCGGCAAUUGCACGAGGAUUCUGCUCGUGGCCGAUCCGCAGCUCAUUGGCGAGACCUUCGACACGUCCUUCUACAAUCCUAUUGCAAUUUACGACUCCGACAGGUACUUAAAAAAGACAUUCAGGGAAGUCCUGGAGCACACCGAGCCCAACAUCAUCCUGUUCCUGGGUGACCUCUUCGAUGAGGGCAGUGUGGCCACGAAUGACGAAUACUCAACCUACUUAAGGCGAUUCCAUCACAUUUUUCACACAGACCGCAGUAUUAUGAAAAUCUACGUACCUGGAGACAAUGAUAUUGGCGGUGAAAACGGCGAAAUCGUGACCCCAACGAAGCUGAACCGCUUCCGGAGCACCUUUCACACGCAGCACACCUACUCUCGGCACAACCUGGUCUUCUUCGAGGCCAACCGGAUUACGCGAGAGAUCCCGCGGCCGGCCACGUCGCCGGCGCCCCCGUACAGUGCCCAGAAGAGAUUCGUGGUGAGCCACAUGUCGCUGCUGUUCUACAACGACGCCUUCCAGGAGCGUGUCCUGCGCUACGUGCAGCCCCACGUGAUCUUCACGGGCCACCUGCACAGGUCACUCUUCAUCCGGAAGUCCCUCAAGUUCAGCGAGUUCACGCGCGCGCACCCGCUCAACGCCAACGCGGAGCGCCGCAUCGUGAACUCGUUCGAUCUCCGGGAAGUACACGACACCUUCCUGGAGAUCAUGGUGCCAACGUGCAGUUACCGCAUGGGCGAGCGAAACAUUGGGUUCGGGUACGCCGUGGUGGAUGGCGACGAUCUCCUGUACACGGUGCUCUGGUCUGUGGACCGCUUUUCGCAGCUUUUCCUAUACCUCAUAUACCUCCUCGUGUGUUUUAUUCUCCUCACCAUGAAGCUCAUUUUUACAUGCUCCAUCUUUGCCACGAAGAAAUUGCAGCGGCUCAGAAUUACUUAUACAAAAGUGUGA